AUGGCCACGCUGAGUGCAAAGCCGGGACAGCGGUUCACCAUGCCGGACUGGCACACCAACUCCCAUCUCAUCUCAGCUGAUGCGGAACGCCAGCGUUCUGCUGCCCACCAAGUCCAGCAGGAAGCCCGAGCUCUCCGCAAUGAAACCAACAACCAGGCGAAAUGGGAUGAGCAUGACAACCAAACCCGCCUGGCUGAACGUAUCAGCAGCGUGAACAGAUGGAAAGAGACCCUGGACAAAUGCCUCGCAGACAUAGAUGUGGAAAUCGAUGCCUUAGCCAAAGUGAAGGAAGCAGCAGAAUGUGCCCUCCAGGCAAAGAAUUUGCCUUUGGAUGUUUCCAUUGAGUGCCUGACCCUCCGGGAGAGCCGCCGUGCCAUCGAUCUGGUGAGGGACCCUGUGGGGGAGGAGCUGCACAAGGAGGUGAAGGUGAUAGACAAAGCCAAGAGAGAACUGCAGCAGAGAGUGAACGAAGCCUUCGAACAGCUCUGCCUCUUACAGGAAGCUCGCCAGCAGCUGAGUUUUGAUCACCGGUGCAAGAUGGAAGCGUUGGAAAUAGAUCGUGUGUGCUUAUCCCUCAACGUGAACUCUCCCAACAUCUCCUUCAAGGUCAACCCAGCCCGCGUCCCAGAUGGAUCAACUGCACCUGAUGAGUGGGAACAGAAUAGCCAAUGUAACAAGGAGCAUGCUGAGGCAGAAAUGAAAGCCUCGACUGCGCUCCGAGAGGCAACACUGCUUGCCAUUGCACAGACAAACAACGAGCUGGAGGCUCAGCGCGUAGCUACAGAGUUUGCCUUGCGCAAGAGGAUUAGAGACCUGGAAAGAGCCUAUGAUGAGCUGAAAUGGCAGGAGCAGAAUACCCUGGAGGAAAUUCCUGAGAUGGAGGAGGACAUCCGAUGCUUGGAGGAAGAUCUUCGAGGGAAAAUGCAAGAUCUGAAAGUGGCACACACCCGCCUGGAGACCCGCACCUAUCGGCCCAAUAUGGAGCUCUGUCGGGAUCAGGUCCAGUACGGGCUGACAGAUGAGGUCCACCAGCUGGAGGGAACGAUCCGUGCGCUCAAACAGAAGCUGGCAGAGGCACAGGAUGCCUUGGACGCUCUUUACAGACAGCUUCACCGCAUUCAGACAGAUAUCGGCUACAAAGCCAAUUCCCUGCUGCUGGACAACAAGUGCUUGGACAGCCGGAGAAAGCUCGUGGUCCCCGCCGAGAAAUUCAUGCCAGAGCUCGACACUUUCAACCGGACCACGAACCGCGCGCUCUCCCCGCCGAAGAACGGGCAUCUGGAGUUGGCUCAGUGCGCCGGGGAGAAAGCUACCGGUGACUCAGUUCCGUAG